AUGGUAUUCACGGUCCCGCAGUGCGCGGACACGGACAUGUGGGGCCCUCCCACGGAGUCCGCGGACCCGGACAAGGCGCUGACGUACGCGCCGUUCACGCGAUCGGACAAGCUCGGCCGCGCCGCGGACUGGAACCAGACCGGGUACGGCAAGUACAGCGGCACGAGGCACGGCUCCUCGCAGGGCGUGAGCACCGUGUUCAACUUUUUCGCCAACGACGACGACGCCGAGUUUUCCCUCGUGGACAACAAGCCCGCGCCGCGGACGCGCUUCGGCGGGCGCGGUCGGUUCCAGGGCGGCCGCGGCGGGUUCAUGCGGCGGAACCAGACCGAGUUCGUCGGCGGCGACGUCGGCCAGGGCGCGUCGCGCGAGCGCGCGCGUCAGCAACGCAUGCAGUCGAAGAAAUCGCAGCAGUGGAACACGUGGGCGCACAACCGCCAGCAGUGGGGGCGGGACCAGCAGACGUACUCCUCGAGCGUGGACAUCCGCCCGGACUGGGCGGUGCUCGAGCAGAUCCAGCUCGCGGGUCUCACGAAGAUGCAGCACGUCAAUGGCGAGAAGGGGGCGACGCUCGAGGCGGAGACGCUCGCGGAGCACGGGUCGUUGCGUUGGUUCGACAAAUCGUUCGAUCGCCUCACGCCGAAACUUCCCGCGGAGCUUCAGAAGACGAAGCUGAUGCACCACCGCGUCACCACGAGCGAGGACCCGACGCUGUGCGAGCUCGCGGAGAAGAACGCCGGGAACGUGUUCGCGACCGGGGACAUCGUCGCGGCGAUCAUGUGCGCCGCGCGGAGCGUCUACGGGUGGGACCUCGUCGUCACGAAAAAAGACGGCAAGCUCUUCUUCGACAAGCGCGACGAGGGCAACUUCGACAUGCUCACGGUCAGCGAGACUGGCCAGGAGCUCAUCACGGACGAGAAGGACAACAUCAACGGCGUUCCUCAGCUGAGCGCGGAGUCCACCGCGGCGGAUCACGAUUACUCGCAGCAGGCGUUGGACCUCUCGGAGAAGCCGCUCUCGUUUGGCUCGCCGUCGCCGCUAGCGGGGGACGACGCCGCGCCGGUGGGGUACCGCUACCGGAAGUGGGCGGUCGCGCCGGGCAUCACGCUCGUCGCGCGGUGCGAGUUCAACGGCGUCGUCGAGAGCAAAGGCUCGCGCGCGCUGCUUCAGAUUCGAGCGCUCACGGAGUACGAUUCGAAAAUCACGGGCGUGGACUGGCGGCAAAAGAUCGAGACGCAACGCGGCGCGGUGAUCGCCACGGAGCUGAAGAACAACGCGAACAAGCUCGCGAAGUGGACGUGCCACGCGUUACUCGCGGGCGCGGACCAGAUGAAGCUCGGGUUCGUGACCAGGACGCAUCCGAAGGACCCGGGGCAUCACGAGAUCGUCAACACGCAGACGUACAAGCCGAAGGAUUUCGCGCAGCAGAUCAACCUCACGGAGGGGAACAUGUGGGGCGUGUUCAAGAGCAUCGUGGAGUCGUGCAUGAAGAUGGAGGACGGGAAGUAUUUGCUCGUGAAGGACCCGAACAAGCCGAUCAUCCGGACGUACGAGGUGCCCUCGGACGCGUUCGAGGACGACUACGCGGACGAGCCGCUGCAGUGAUGACGAGACGAGGGGACGGACGCGAACGGGGCGGGGGAGGACGAGAGAGGCGCGCGGGGGGAUCGGGGCGCGGCGGCGCGCGUUCGUUCGAUCCGUUGUAAACAAACGAGAGAAUGCAUUUUACC